CCCAGUUGGAAGUUGGUGGUGCUAAUCCUGACCCUGACCCUCUGGUUCUUUUCUCCCGCCUUUUUUCUUCCCUCUGCCCUUUUUUUCUUCUCCACCCUGCAACUCGCAACUCUAUUAUUACCCACUAUCCUAUCGAUUCCCACCUACAUUGUCCUAUCCCCCCAAAGGCGUCUCUCAAUCAAUGGGACAUCGUAUAUGGGAUAUCGUAUAAUUCAACCACUGCUUCUUUCCUAUCGACUACGAACGACGCAAUAAUCAUCAAUAGUGCCGGUUUGACGUCGAAACACCGUCACCAUGGCGAUAGCCAUGGGCUGGCACAAACCCGACAAUGUCGCCGGCUCUUCUGCCCCGGCGAUCAUGGUUGGCCUCUUUGUAGCGACCGGUGGUAUCUUGUUCGGAUACGAUACAGGGUCGAUAAACGGUAUCCUUGCGAUGAGUUCAUUCAAGAGUCAAUUCAAUACGGGUUACGUAGACCGCGACGGCAGUUAUGACCUCUCCCCUUCUCAAAUAUCCAUCAUCGUCGCCAUCUUGAGUGCCGGUACCGUUAUCGGUUCCAUCAUCGCCGCCCCUCUCGGUGAUUGGAUAGGUCGUCGAAUCUCCAUCAUCGCCUCCGUCUGUGUCUUUUGUUUCGGCGCCAUAUUCCAGGUUUGCGCGGAUGCCAUUCCGAUGCUGCUAGCGGGCAGGUUUUUCGCCGGUGUUGGUGUUGGAUCUAUAUCUGUCCUUGUUCCUUUAUAUCAAUCUGAGAUGGCUCCGAAAUGGAUUCGCGGUACGUUAGUUUGCGCAUAUCAACUUUCGAUAACGUUCGGUCUAUUGGCGGCGUCCAUCGUCAAUCUCCUCACGCGAAAGAUGGCCGGUGCAGCUGCGUAUCGGAUUCCCAUGGGUCUUCAAUUCACAUGGGCCUGUGUUCUAUGUCUCGGUCUCCUCAUCCUCCCCGAAACCCCUCGAUUCCUCAUUAAGCAAGGCAAUAAACAUGCCGCUGGUCUCGCUCUUAGUCGCCUUCGACGUCUCGAUAUAACCCAUCCCGCUCUUGUCGAAGAACUCGCCGAAAUCGAAGCGAACCACGACUAUGAACUCGCAUUAGGAACCGCCUCCUACCGUGACCUUUUCGUCGGGACGCCUCAUCUCGGUCGCCGGACGCUGACUGGUUGUUGUCUUCAGAUGUUACAGCAACUUACAGGCAUCAAUUUCAUCAUGUACUACGGAACUACCUUUUUCACCACCGCUGGUGUCUCGGACCCUUUCCUAAUCUCCCUCGUCAUGAAUGUCAUCAAUGUCGUGUCGACUAUCCCCGGGUUAUUCGUUGUAGAAACUUGGGGCCGUCGGAAACUACUUAUUGUCGGCGCGUUGGGUAUGGCUGUAUGCCAACUCGUGAUCGCCGUGUUUUCCACCCUGGCGAGUGACUCGCAGAGCUCAUUGGUAGCUAAACUAGUCAUUGUAUUCGUCUCCUUAUUCGUUUUCUUCUACGCCGCCUCGUGGGGUCCAGUUACCUGGGUCGUUACUUCAGAAAUAUAUCCUCUCAAGAUUCGCGCAAAGUCAAUGUCGAUUUCCACGGCGUCCAACUGGUUGUUAAAUUUUGGUAUUGGCUACGGCACGCCCUUUAUGGUGGAAGAAGGAAAUGGGUAUGCUGCUCUAGGGGCUAAGGUCUUUUACGUUUGGGGAGCUUUUUGUGUGCUCGCCGCCAUCUUCGUAUACGGUAUGAUCUACGAGACGAGCAAAAUCAGCUUGGAGCAGAUCGACGAGAUGUACGAACGCGUUCCCUUUGCUUGGAAAAGCAAAAACUUUGAGCCGAGCUGGAGUUUUCAACAGUUGCGCGACGACGGAUUUGCCGACAGCGGCAUUCCGCCACCCGAACACGAAUUACAACAAGCCUCUAGAACUACGACGACUACUAGCGAGAGCGUACAGACGAUACAUACUACAGACACCAACCCUAAUGACAGCCAAUCGGAAGAGGAUAAAAUAAUAAAUCAAAUGGGUAUGGGUAAUGUCGAUUUCAGCUAUUGAUCUUGGAUUCUUUAUUAUCGUCCGUCGGAACGCGACCGCCUCCGCCUUAGUUAUAACCGCCUCUACCGAAGGGGGCGUUGGGAUUUUCUGUUCUUUGGUGUCACAUUGGAUA